AUGAUCGCGUGGUGUGCUAUUGUUUCUGUUCUUGCCAUUCCGACUCCUGUGAGUCCGGCAUUUCCGGGUCCUGCGGCUCCGGAGCUCUAUUGCAGAGGGGAUGACACUGGGCCCAAUCUUCUUCCACAAGACCGAAAGGCUCUGGAUGCAGCUGUAAAAACAAAAUUCCCAACUGUG